AACCCGACAUCCGGACCCAUUAUUUCCUCUCUCCCAAAGAAAGCAUCGCUAAAUCAUCUGGUUUCCUUUCUCCAACCAGUCCAUUUCGCGAGCUUUCGUACCCAAGAGCUCUUCGUCCAUGGCGUCUUGCUUACAAGCUUCCAUGAAUUCUCUGCUUCCACGCUCUUCUUCGUAUCCUCCUUUAUCUUUGAACUCAACCGGGAGGAGAAACUUGAAGAGCUCUCGCUAUGCCUUUCGCGCCAAAGCCGCUGCUAAAAUCCCUAUGCCUCCGAUAAACCCGAAGGAUCCUUUUCUCUCAACGCUCGCUUCCGUUGCUGCGAAUUCGCCGGAAAAGCUUCUCAAUCGGCCGGUAAACGCUGAUACGCCGCCGUAUCUUGACAUCUUUGAUUCCCCUCAGCUCAUGUCUUCUCCUGCUCAGGUUGAAAGGUCAGUGGCUUAUAACGAGCACCGACCAAGAACUCCUCCACCAGACUUGCCCUCUAUGCUUCUUGACGGGAGAAUUGUUUACAUUGGAAUGCCUCUGGUGCCUGCGGUGACAGAGCUGGUUGUCGCAGAGCUGAUGUAUCUUCAGUGGCUGGAUCCCAAGGCACCCAUAUAUAUUUACAUCAACUCUACAGGGACCACUCGAGACGAUGGCGAGACGGUUGGAAUGGAAUCAGAAGGGUUUGCCAUCUAUGAUUCUUUGAUGCAACUUAAAAACGAGGUACAUACAGUCUGUGUGGGAGCAGCCAUAGGCCAGGCAUGUCUGUUACUUUCAGCGGGCACAAAGGGGAAACGGUUUAUGAUGCCACAUGCCAAAGCAAUGAUCCAGCAACCUCGUGUGCCUUCUUCUGGGUUGAUGCCUGCCAGUGAUGUCCUGAUUCGUGCCAAAGAGGUUAUAACAAACAGAGAUAUACUUGUGGAACUACUAUCAAAGCACACUGGGAAUUCCUUGGAGACUGUAGCUAACGUGAUGAGAAGGCCAUAUUACAUGGAUGCACCAAAAGCUAAAGAAUUUGGAGUCAUUGACAGGAUCCUUUGGCGUGGUCAAGAUCAAAUUAUUGCGGACGUUGUUCCUUCAGAGGAAUUCGACAAGAACGCCGGGAUCAGAAGCGUAGAACGAGUCUAGUUUCAAGUUCUCUUGCCCCAAAACAUUGUUCCAAUGGACAACAAUAUAAUAGGAUUAAAGACUGAUCCAGUUCACAUGGUUGUGGCUGUCUUCUUUCGAACCAAUUGGUAAAUGUGCAUCAUGCGAUUAGGAGAAUCAUAUUUAAGAAGAUCUUGGAAUAUAUACUAUGAUGAGUUUGUAAUGUCUAUGUUCGUUAGCUCUCUCACAAGCAAAAAGUAAAUGUAAUCUUCAACUCUCUCUCUCUUUUCCCCCGGAUUUCAAUUUGAACAAAUGAACAGUUUCAUACUUCUUUUCGGGCA